UUGUUCAUUUCUUUGGCCAUUAUUAUGCAUCUCCACCAAAACCCCACCUUUAAAUAUGCCCUUCAACUCUCUAUAACACCCUCUCUCCCACCAAUUAAUCUUAAUUUUCCGAGUAAAAAAGCUAUCUUUUCUCUAUCCUGAAUUGUUUUUUUUUUUUUUUUUUCUUUUGUUUUCCUUUUUUUUUUUUUUUUUUACUACUUAUGAAAGCAGGAUUCGAAAUGGUUCAUGGGACUACUUUGGAUACUAUCCAACCCCAUGAAUCCUGGAACUCAUAUCCCACUGUUGGGUUCCAAAAUCCAAUCUCCAUUCCCUUUCCCAAACCGCCUGUAACUGAAAACCGUUGCGUAAACUUGGACCGCAACGAGCUCUCAGAGUGGGUGGAGCAUAUCACCAAACAACUCAUCGACGACUUACCAGAAAGCACUGCAGCUGCAGCUGCAUCCCCAGCUGAUGCUGCUUUUCACACUGCGACAACAUCAUCUGAUGAUAACAAUUUUCAUCAAUCGAUUCCAGGCGGAGAACUCAGGCCCAAAAAAAUGCUGAGAAGCUAUUUAGAAACCGAUGGCGAUGAUGAAUCGGUCCAAUGGAAUAACAACAACGAAAUUUUUCAAAAUGGAAGGGAUGGUACUGGUUUAGGGUUGAGCAAAGUAGAUGAGCAUGGUUUAAGCCUCAUUACUCUGCUCUUAGAAUGCGCGGUGGCGAUCUCCGUGGACAACCUCGGCGAGGCUCGUCGAAUGCUGCUUGAGCUAUCUCAAUUGGCUUCACCAUACGCGGAGUCAUGUGGAGAGCGAGUGGUGGCUUAUUUCGCCAAAGCCAUGUCCAGCAGGGUUAUAAACUCCUGGCUCGGAAUUUCCUCUCCCUUUCUGAAUCACAGGACCGUUCACUCCACUUUCCAACUCUUCAACAACAUCUCUCCUUUCAUCAAAUUCGCCCAUUUCACUUCCAACCAAGCCAUCCUCGAAGCUUUCCACCGUCGUGACCGCGUUCACAUUGUCGACCUCGAUAUCAUGCAAGGCCUUCAAUGGCCCGCUCUCUUCCACAUCCUCGCCACGCGCAUCGAAGGUCCACCGCACGUGCGAUUGACCGGACUAGGAACCUCCAUGGAGAUUCUCAUGGAGACCGGAAAACAGCUCUCCAACUUCGCGAAGAGGCUCGGAAUCUCCUUCGAGUUCCAGCCGAUCGCGAGUAAGUUCGGAGACAUCGACGUUUCGGCUUUUCAAUUAAGAAGAGGAGAAACGCUGGCCGUGCAUUGGCUUCAGCAUUCUCUCUACGACGCCACCGGACCGGAUUGGAAAACUAUAAGACUGUUGGAGGAAUUAGCACCGAGGAUCGUGACGGUGGUAGAGCAAGACGUGUCGAAAGGAGGGUCGUUUUUGGAUCGUUUCGUUGGGGCUCUUCACUAUUAUUCCACGGUGUUUGAUUCUCUAGGAGCUUAUUUGGGGAGUGAGGACCCAAGCAGGCAUCGAGUAGAGCAUUGUCUGGUUUACAAGGAAAUCAAUAACAUAUUGGCGAUAGGAGGGCCGGCGAGAAGUGGAGAGGACAAGUUCAGGCAUUGGAGGAGUGAGAUUGGGAAGCGUUUUUUGCAAGUUCCGAUGAGUGCAAACUCAAUGGCUCAAGCACAGUUGAUAUUGAACAUGUUCCCUCCUGCUCAUGGAUAUAGCUUGGUUCAAGGAGAUGGGGUUCUUAGACUUGGCUGGAAAGAAACUAGCUUGUACACUGCUUCUGCAUGGACUAGUUGCACUUCCAAUAUUGUUCCAAGAUAUAGUUGCUAAUAUUAGUAUACGUGUGUGCAUGCUUUUAUCUGGUACAUGACCUUGUUAAUUGCAAAAUUAUGAGCUUACUAAUCACUUUGGCAAUCGAGUUAAAAUAGUUAUUUUAAUAUUAUCAUAUGGUUUUUUAAUCUUGAAUUUUACUCUAUAUAUAUAUAUAUUGAGUUCUAGAGUUG